CGCCCCCCGGCUGCCGGGGGGAAAUAGGCGUGACCCUGCAGCCUUUGCCUGUGGCCGUCUGUCACUGACCUAUUACAAACCAUAGACUAGUCCAAAGAACUUAACAAAAUCCUAGUUUGUGUGCGGCCUUUUUAAACUAAAUCAUGGCUGCCAAUAAUGGAACUCCUGCUGCUGGUGGAUCAGCUCCUGUUCCUGCUCCCACUGUACAGAAUAUUGAUAUUAGAGUACCCAAGAACCAAAAUAAGAAACUUGCCAUUAUGCGAUUCAAUGGCUCAAUGGGUAUUGAUUUUACAAAAUGGACACAUACAAAAAUGGAAAGGGAAAACAACCAAGUCCAGUUUAAAGGAUUUAAUGAAGAUAUGCCCAAAUUUGGUGCUGGCAGUGAAUAUGGUAGGGAGGCACGUGAAGAAGCCAGACGGAAAAAGUAUGGCAUCAUUAGUAAGAAAUACAAUCCUGAAAAUCAACCUUGGAUUUUGCAACAUGGAGGGAAAACUGGAAAGAAGUUCAGAGGUGUAAGAGAUGGCGGUAUUAAUGAGAAUGCCUCAUACUAUGUUUUUACACAAGCGCCAGACGGUGUAUUUGAGGCAUUUCCAGUUCAGGAGCAAUACAGCUUUCAAGCAGUUCAAAAUUAUAAACCUCUUAGCAUUGAGGAAGCAGAGGAGGGAUACAACAUGAGAAACAAAACAUACAAUAUGUUCAAUGUUAUGAUGAGAAAACGACUUCGGAAAGCGGAUGAAGAUGCCGAAGAAGAGGGAGAAGAAGAAGGUGAAGGCAAAGGAAAGAGCAAGAAAAAGAAGGGAGUUAAAGAUUCUCGCUUUGGGGACGAACUAGACGACAUGAUGGCCUCGUCUGAUGACGAUUCUAGCGAUGGUGAUGAUGACGACGAUGACGGCGAGAAUAAGAAAAAGAAAAAGAAAGGCAAAAAACCAGUUAAGCCGAAAAAGAAGCGAAAGAAUGCGUCCGAUGACGAGGCUCUUGAAGAUAGUGACGAUGGCGAUGGCGAAGGCAGAGAAUUAGAUUACAUUUCGUCCUCCGACGCCGAUGAAAGUGAUGUCGAAAAAGAAGAAGCAAAGGAUGGACUCAAAGGUGUUGCCGAAGAAGAUGCGCUGCGCAAAUUACUCAAUUCGGACGAAGAAGAUGAGGACGAAGAAAAGGAAGAAGAAGAAGACAAAGAUAAAGAAGAAGAAGAUGCUGAAGGCGCCGAAGAUCAGCCAGGUGAUAAACCUUCCAAAGACGAAAAAGGUGAUAAGAAGAAGAAAAAAGAGAAAAAGAAGAAUAAAGAUAAAAAGCCCCGUAAUGAAGACUAUGGAUCGUCAAGUGACAGCGGUGCAGAUACCUCAGGAUCCGAAUUAGAGAAGGCUAAACCUAGCCCAAAAAUGAAAUCGGGGAGUGCAAACAGUUCCCGAUCAGCCACUCCUACGAAACCACUAAUCCCACAGCCUGAAACAACUCUAUCCGACAGUAAACGGAAAGGAAUGUCAGAGGCUGUUUUAGGACAAGCAGCAAAAAAACCACGAUUGGAAAUGGCAUCCGCGGCCUUGGCGGCUUCCGCCGCUUCAGCUGCAUCAUCUUCCAGUGCUAACGAAGGAGUAAAUGAAGAGUCGGUGAGGCGCUACUUAUCGCGCAAACCCAUGACAACAACCGAGUUGCUCCAAAAGUUCAAGAGCAAGAGAACUGGUUUGACUUCAGAACAGCUUGUUCCGCACAUUGCCCAAAUUUUGAAAAAAAUCAACCCCGUAAAGCAAACCAUUAAAGGAAAAAUGUAUUUGUCAAUUAAGGGCUAAUGGUAACCAUUCUUGACGGGCCAAACUCACUCAACUAUUGUCUUUUCACUACUUCUGUACUGAAAUUGUCUCAGGCCUUCCUUUAAGGUUGUUGUAAAAUUACGGAUGCGUAUGGUUGUUUAAAAAGUCUUUUAGUUUUCGGAACGGUCAAUAACAAUUAUCAAUUAUA